AUGCCGGACGGUCUGUGCGUGGACAGCGCAGGGACGCUGUGGGUGGCCUGUAUCGAUGGCGGCAAGGUCAUCCAAGUAGACCCGCAGACAGGCUUCUGUCUGCGCACCCUGGACCUGCCGGUGUCCAGGGUCACUUCCUGCUGCUUCGGGGGCCCCGACUAUGCUGAACUGUACGUCACUUCGGCGGCCGAUGGGCUGAGCCCUGAGCAGCUGCAGCGGGAGCCCCAGGCGGGACACGUGUUCAAGGGCCACUUAGCCUGUCUUGAAAUGCAGCCCAUGGAGCCCAGCAGCUGUGUCAAGGGGGAGGGGGUCGUGGGGGUCUCCCGACCGCCAGAGCAUAGGCAGUGUCACGGGGAGUCUCUCACCCAAGGGGCAGCUGUCGGCUGGGACCCUAUGGAUAGCCAGCCGAGCUGCAGCCACGCAGACUGGAUGUCACAGUUGUGCCCGCGGCUGUGGGAUGUCCCCCUGCACCACCUGUCCAUCCCAGGGAGCCAUGACACCAUGACAUACUGCCUGAGCAGGAAGUCCCCAAUCUCCAGGUCAGAGUCUCGGCUGCUGCACCUACUGGGGCGGGUCGCGCCCUGCAUUAUGGGGCCCAUGGUGUUCAGAUGGUCAGUCACACAGACUCUGGACGUGAAGCAGCAGCUGGACGCAGGGGUGAGGUACCUGGAUCUGAGGAUUGCGCACAUGCAAGGCGGCUCUGAGAAGAAUCUGCACUUUGAACACAUGAUCUACACCACUGCGUUGGUGGAGGACACCCUCACAGAGAUCUCCGAGUGGCUGGAGUCGCACCCCCAUGAGGUCAUCAUCCUGGCCUGCAGAAACUUUGAAGGGAUGACAGGAGACUUGCAUGAGUACCUCAUAGACUGCAUCAAGAACAUCUUCGGGGACUCACUGUGUCCACGCGGGGACAUCCCUACGCUGCGGCAGUUGUGGGCACAUGGCCAGCAGGUGAUUGUGUCCUAUGAAGAUGAAACCUGUGUGGGUCGCCACGCAGAGCUGUGGCCUGGGAUCCCUUACUGGUGGGGAAACCAGGUGAAGUCCCAGGCGCUGCUGCAGUACUUGGAGACCAUGAGGAGCUGCGGUCGCCCAGGCGGCCUGUUUGUGGCUGGCAUCAAUCUCACAGAAAACCUGCCCUAUGUCCUCUCGCACCCAUCCGGGUCCCUGGAGAUGCUGACACGGCCCAACCUUCAGCUCCUCAUGGCGUGGGUGCGAGCACAGCAGCCAGGGCCUGGAUCAGGCUGCACCAACAUCAUCGCUGGGGACUUCGUGGGCUCCAACAGCUUUGUGGGUGAAGUCAUUGGGCUCAACCAGAAGCUGCGGUGA